CCCUGGAGAUCGAUCCGACAACUUAGCUGCAGAGUGCCUGAACAGGUGAACUGUAGCUAGCGCCGGUGGAGGGCAGGCAAGUGGUUCACGUCAAUCAGGGCGCUAUGGCGGGUGCUGCUAAACCAAUUGUCCUCACGCAGUCUACGGAGGGAUUAGACAAGGCCGUCCUGAAGAACGCAGAUGGAACAACGGCAGAGGUCUACCUCCACGGUGGUCACGUGACGUCGUGGGUGUCUGGGUCUAAGAAAGAGGAGCUGCUGUUCGUCAGCGAAAAGGCCAUCUUCAAGCCCCCCAAGGCCAUCCGCGGCGGCAUCCCCGUGUGCUUCCCCCAGUUCAGCGACUUUGGCCCCCUUGGCCAGCACGGCUUUGCGCGCAACCAGCUGUGGGCGGUGGACACGCUCGAGGAGAGCCUGGACGGAGCGACGCUCACGCUGCUCCUGAGAUCAGGCCAGGAGGAGCUCCAGAAGUGGCCGCACAAGUUUGAGCUGCGGAUGCGGGUGCAGAUUGCCACGAACGGAAAUCUGGUUGUGCAGCCGUCCGUCAAGAACAUUGGCAUCGAGGACUUCACCUUCACAUUUGCUCUUCACACCUACUUCGCAGUCUCAGACAUCAGCAACGUGGAGGUAACGGGCGUGCAGGGCCUGGAGUACCUGGAGAGUCUGGUCACGCCGCGGCGGAAGGAAAAGGAGGAGCGGAGCGCUGUCGACUUCAAGGGAGAGGUGGACCGCAUCUACCUGAACACGCCGGACGAGCUGCGGAUCGUGGACCGGGGCAACAGGACCAUCACGCUCAAAAAGACCGGCCUGCCCGACGCUAUCGUUUGGAACCCCUGGAUUGAGAAGGCCAAGGCGACCGCUGACCUGGGCGACGAGGAGUACCACCAGUUUGUGUGCGUGGAAGCGGCGGUGGUCGGGGACCCGGUCACGCUGCAACCGGGGCAGACCUGGACCGCCCAACAGGUGCUGUCGGUCUCGUGACCGCUUUGCGACUGCAGGAUACUUGAGAUCAGUCUAUAGCACAAACACAGGUUUUUGCUUUGGGGUUUUGCUACAAUCACGAGCCGCAUCUUGACCGAAGGUAAGCGGAGAAAGGUUGCGACCGGCAAUCUCGGCUUAGCGAACCCCUCGUUACAUUGCACGACCCUCCUCCUGCAAUGAAGGUCCUCAACUCCGUUGAUUUAGAACACCAAUGACAGUUGCGGGGCGAGAUCAAGCGUAAACAUUCCUUCCGAAGCCUAAGACCGUACAAGUUCCGCACGUUGUAUAGUAGAAGAUAGGAAUCUUCGGGACUCAUCUUGCCACAAUCCGACCACAAGCUGUUGCUUCAUAUGCCUCUAUGUUGCUGCAGCGGCCUUCAAGUUGUGGACACCAGUUUAAUUAUGGGCUUAAUGUAACUAGUAACUAGUGCGUCUGCGGCUUUCUGUAUGCAACUCGGAUAUUUCUAUAUUCUGUUGAUCCGUGCAUUGGCUCG